AUGUUAAGUAUCGAACCCAAACCAUCAACUUUGAAAGCAUAUCCUGAGAAUCCAUGGUCAAUAAGUACAUCAAAUUUCAAAUUAAAAUCAACUUCAGAAAAGCACAGAAUGCCGAUAAAGUUGUUUUCUUUCAUGUUUACUAAGGAAAGAUCAAAUCCUUUGAAAUUGACCAGUUCUGAUGAUCACUUUUUAAAUUCAUUUUAUUAUUUCAGACCAGCUAUAAUCAAUUCAAUAAAUUCAGAUUCAGAUCUAAGACAAUUUUUAAUUGAUUCAUUAACAAAGAUCCUACUUGAUUAUUGUGCAAAGAAGAAAAAAUUGGAAAUUUCAAAUGUAGCUCAAAAUAUACCAGUUAAUUAUAGUGAUGGAACUUCAGAUUACAAAUAUUAUGGAUUCAAAGCGAAUAACACACCCAUACUUUCUCAUAAAAGCUUUUUGAAAGAUUAUAAAGAUUUGAAAUUUUGUCUGGUAUAUAAACCAAAUCGUGAACCAUUAGUACCAAUGCUGGAAAACUUAAUUAAUAUAUUGACAUUUGGAGGUGAUCUUAAAGAGAUUGAUGGAUUUUUAAAUUUUUUUGAAAGUGAAAGUCAUACAGCUUCAAUUAUAACUAGGUACCAGAUUACAAAACAUAAUAAUGAUAUAAGCGAUGUAAACUCAAAAUAUUCAAAGAUUUUCAAUAAAGGUAUUGUUGAUAUUUCUAAUUAUAUUAUAAAAAUUAAUGGUGAAGAACAUUUAUUUUCAGCAGCUGGGGAGCUAAUCAAUUUCAUUCCUGGUAGAUCGACUUAUGACCUAGGUAAUCUUUCACCACCAUCUUAUCAGGAAUAA